AAUUAUUCCCCUAGAAACUAACAAAAAAAUGAAAAAGGGAAAUUGCCAACAUUUCUCUUAGUCCUAUUCUACUUUUUGAGUUGAGUACAACAACUACAACACCACCAACAGUAGCCAAAACUCUACCAAUUUUAAUCAAGAAUUCAAUUUCAGGUGGUUUGGCAUUUCAUGGACAAUGUAAUAUUUGGGGUGUGUUAACUUCGUGCUGUACUAUACUCGCUAAAUAUGAAAUUGUGGCAUAGUUUUGGAGUUUGACUCGUAUGUGACCUUAAAGAAAAAAUUGGACUGGAAUUUCAGCUAUUGUCUAGGUGGUUGGUUAUAUUUUUUCCGGAUUAAUUAGAUUAGUUUGAGUUGAGUGUGGGAUUUUGCUGUCAUGGCUACUUGUACGUCAGCUGUGUUUAUGCCUCCUGAUACGCGACGGUUACGUGGGGUAUUGACUGUUCUUGGUGGUAGAUUUUGCCCGUUGAAAAUUCAGGAUGAGAAGAUUGGAUAUUUGGGUGUUACCCAAAAGGGCAUGUCAAGUUUGCCUCAAUUCAAGUGUUCGGCCAAUUCCCACAGUGUCAACCAGUAUCAAAAGAAAGACUCCUUUCUAAAUCUACAUCCCGAAAUUUCUAUGCUUAGAGGCGAAGGUAACAAUACAAUGACUACCUCUAGACAAGAAAACUCAAGUGGAAAUGCCGCUGAGAGCUUGAUGGAUUCGUCAAGCUCAAACAAUUUUAAUGAGGCCAAAAUCAAGGUGGUUGGUGUUGGAGGUGGUGGCUCAAAUGCAGUUAAUCGCAUGAUUGAGAGCUCGAUGAACGGUGUAGAGUUUUGGAUUGUGAACACUGAUAUUCAAGCAAUGAAGAUGUCACCUGUAAUGCCUGAGCAUCGACUGCCAAUUGGUCAAGAACUCACAAGGGGACUUGGUGCAGGUGGUAAUCCAGAUAUUGGGAUGAAUGCUGCCAACGAGAGCAAACAGGCCAUUGAGGAAGCAGUUUACGGCUCAGACAUGGUUUUUGUUACUGCUGGAAUGGGUGGAGGAACAGGGACUGGUGCAGCUCCGAUAAUUGCAGGAACUGCCAAAUCAAUGGGUAUCUUAACUGUCGGUAUUGUUACGACGCCCUUUUCUUUUGAGGGACGAAGAAGAGCAGUUCAAGCCCAAGAAGGAAUUGCAGCUUUGAGAGAAAAUGUUGAUACUCUAAUUGUCAUUCCAAAUGACAAAUUAUUGACAGCUGUUUCUCCAUCGACCCCAGUAACUGAAGCUUUUAACCUGGCUGAUGAUAUUCUUCGGCAAGGUGUUCGUGGUAUUUCAGAUAUAAUUACGAUUCCUGGGUUAGUAAAUGUGGAUUUUGCUGAUGUGCGGGCUAUUAUGGCAAAUGCUGGGUCCUCUUUAAUGGGAAUAGGAACUGCUACGGGAAAGACUAGAGCCAGAGAUGCAGCGCUGAACGCCAUUCAAUCUCCUUUGCUGGACAUUGGUAUUGAGAGGGCCACCGGAAUUGUGUGGAAUAUGACUGGUGGUAGUGAUCUAACAUUAUUUGAGGUAAAUGCUGCAGCAGAGGUUAUAUAUGACCUUGUGGAUCCAAGUGCUAACCUCAUUUUUGGGGCGGUGAUAGACCCAUCGAUAAGUGGACAGGUCAGCAUAACUUUGAUUGCCACGGGUUUCAAGCGCCAAGAAGAAAGUGAUAUGAGGCCCCUCCAGGGAAACCAACUAGCACAGGGAGAUGCUUCUCUUGGAAGUAACAGACGACCUGCGUCCUUUUUGGAAGGUGGUUCAGUGGAAAUUCCCGAGUUCCUCAGGAAAAAAGGGCGAUCGCGCUAUCCAAGAGCUUAACUUAGUCCGUUUUUCCUAUAUAUUAUGUUGUUCGGACUCGUCAAAAAUGUCAACGAGUGCGCUUCGGAUUCACCAAAGUUGGUGCAUUUUUGAAGAAUCCAAUGGGUGCUGCAUCGAGAGUGAAGAGUCCACGCAACUUAGAUGUAUAGCAUCUUUUUGGAAAUGGUAUGUUGAGAUACUGACUGUUCUACAGGGGUGGCUCAACGGUGAGGCUAGUAAAUCCUUUGCUUUUAGACCUCCAAAAUCUCGGGGCCUCAAAAAAUUUUAAUCUUUAAUUUUAUGAUUUUAUUUUCGUUUUGACAAUAUUGAAUAUAGUAAAAAAGGAAAAAAAAAAAAAAAAAACUAUCACCGU